AUGGAUUCCUUUGAGUGGCUCAACGGGUACAAAGUGGGAUUUGGGCUGCACCAUGUGGACUUCACUAACCCAAACAAACCCAGGACACCCAAACGCUCUGCUCACUAUUAUUAUCAAGUCAUAAAGGACAAUGGCUUUCCAUUACCAGAUGAGGAGAAGAUACUUUAUGGAGAGUUUCCAAAAACAUUUAACUGGAGUACUGCCAGUGCCUCUUACCAAAUUGAAGGAAGCUGGAGGGCCGAUGGAAAAGGACUAAGUAUAUGGGAUGAGUUUGCCCAUACUCCGUUGAAAGUGUCCAACAGUGACAAUGGUGACAUUGCUUGUGAUAGUUACAACAAGAUUGACAAGGAUGUGGAGGUGUUAAAGAAGUUGAAGGUGACCCACUAUCGCUUCUCUGUAUCCUGGCCCAGAGUGCUCCCUGAUGGCACCACCAACCACGUCAAUGAAGCUGGAGUGAACUAUUACCAUAGAUUACUGGAUGCCUUGGAAGCUGCUAAUAUUCAGCCCCAGUUGACCCUGUACCACUGGGACCUUCCCCUAGCUCUACAGAAGGUGGGGGGCUGGGAAAAUGAAACCAUUGUCCAGAGGUUCAGAGGUUAUGCCGAUAUUUUAUUCAGCCGAUUUGGACAAAGGGUGAAGUUCUGGAUCACUCUAAAUGAACCCUACAUUGUAGCCAACCUUGGCUACGGAUAUGGUAUUUUCAAUAGGCAGUAUGUUGCUGCUCACAACCUUAUCAAGGCCCACGCUGAGGCAUGGCAUCUGUACAAUGACAAGUACCGUGCAACACAGGGAGGCAUCAUCUCGAUUACCAUCAAUUCUGAUUGGGCAGAGCCAAGAAACCCAUAUAAGCAGGAGGAUGUAGAUGCAACCAACCGCUACCUCCAGUUUUUCAUCGGCUGGUUUGCCCAUCCAAUCUUCAGAGGUGACUAUCCUGAGUUAAUGAAAACAAUUAUUCGUGAAAGAAGCCUUGCUGCAGGUCUCCCUGAAUCACGGCUUCCUGAGUUUACACCUGAGGAAAUCAAGAGGAUCAAUGGGACCCAUGAUUACUUUGGCCUCAACCACUACUGCUCGGUUCUUUCAUACCCAGUUAAUUUAGGAAAACAGCAGGAUUAUGAAGGUGACAGGGGCACUGGAGCCUCACAUGACCGCACCUGGAUUGAGUCUGGCUCCUUCUGGCUAAAAAUCACUCCAUUUGGAUUUAGGAAACUCCUCAAAUUUAUUAAGGAUGAGUAUGGAAACCCACCUAUCUAUGUCACAGAGAAUGGGGUCUCAGAGCGAGAAGUGAACUUGAAUGACGUCCACAGGAAGUACUUCUAUGAACAAUAUAUCAAUCAAGCCCUCAAAGCCCAGGUUCUUGACGGAGUUGAUCUAAGAGGAUAUACAGCCUGGUCGUUAAUGGACAACUUUGAAUGGGCCGCUGGCUACGUGGAGCGAUUUGGGCUUUUCUUUGUGAACCGCUCCGACCCCACCCUUCCUCGCAUCCCUAAAAACUCAGCUUCUCGCUAUGCCUCCAUCAUCACCUGCAAUGGCUUCCCAGAUCCAGCCCUCGGGCCUCAUGAGUGUUUGAACCCUGACCCCGAAGCUACCACCGCUGUGACCAUGCCCCAUACAACUGCCGCUAUUCUGCCCAUGUCCAUGGUGGACUUCUUGGGAUACCUGCGUCUGGUCUCCAGGGCGAACCGUCCUCCCAACCGGAUGGAGGCCUUAAUACGCGACGGGGGUCUGUUCCGCAUGCUCUCCCCUGCUCGCGCCUCAACAGCUCCGAUCAACAAGGGGUCUGCUCAAUAUCUGAAAACCCCAGGAGUCUGUCAGGAUGGAGUAUGA